UCAUCCGCGGAGGUAUUUCUGGAGCAGUUGGAGAAUGCUAUAGAACCUCUGCAAGAUUAUGGAAUCUCUGUCCUAAAGGUGAAUUGCCACAAAGGUGGGAAAAUGCCAGGUUACUGCAUAGAGGAGAGUUCUGUUGGGAAAGCAUACCUGUUCAGGGGCCGCAUCCUACUUCGUGAGCUCCCGACGGAUGCCUUGUUCAGCGUGGACGCCAUCGUGGCCAACGUCCUCUUUGCCCUCCUCUUCAAUGAAGUGAAGUAUGUGAUGACGCUGGUGGACCUCCAAAAUCUAGAAGACUCCCUGAAGGGUCAAAGAGAUCUGGUUUUUGCCUACGUCCAAGCAGUUGGUACCGCAGAGCACAGAGCCUUGAUGGAGACGGCUUUUGUUUAUGGCGCCUUCAAGUUUGCCUUAACCACUGAAGUGACGCUUCUGAGGAGCAUUAGUCCUGGAGAACCAGACGUUCCCUCCUCUAGACUCUUCUUCUGCCACUGCAAGGUGGACCCGGAUCCAGGCCAGCCGUGCCGAAGGACUCCGAUGGAGCCGAUGAUGACCACGCUGAACAUCUACAAGUUCCUGAAGCUGAUGGGGCAACCCCUGGUGAUGGAGGUAGCCGAAGACCCAGAGAAGUUUUCUCCCCUCCACCUCCAGCUUGGCCUGCCGCUGAUCUUCGUUCUGAGCCGGGAAGAGACGCUGGAAGCUGACAAGAGGACCGCGGAAUCCGUGGCCUGGAGGCUUUUGGGGAAGGCAGGCGUCUUCCUCUUGUCCAGGACUUCUCUCGGUGGGGAUGUUCCUCCCCAGAAUAACGUGGCCAUCAAGACCCCGGAAGAGGGGGUGUCUGUGAAAUACCUGGUUUUGAAAGACAUGGAUGAAAUCGUAGCCUUGGUUGAAAUGCGUAAGGAAAGCGAACUGAUCCAAGAGGAAGAGGAGGAAGACUAUGAAGAGCAGGAGGAAGAAGAGGAAGACAACGAACAGGAGAUCCAGGAUGACCAGGUGGUGGAAUCUGUCAUUCGAGACCAGAAACGAGAACUCUUCCUGGGACGCAUCCAGACCCUGACGGGGGAGUCCUUUGGCCUCACACUAGCAGACGCCAGCUACACCCUCGUGCUGUUCUACGCCAGCUGGGAAGCGGUGUCCUUGGUCGUGAUGCAGACAUACGCCGAGGUGGCUGCUUCUCUGAAAG